AUGUUGCGUCUGGUUAAACAGACUCAUGUGUUGACCAGUCUGACUUUUGUAGAAACAUCGUUCAGUGCUGACGAUGUGCAGGCCUUCAUGGAUGCUGCCCUCUCCACAUUUGAAAUGGCAGAAGAUUCUGGCCCAGAAGAGGAAUUAUUUGGACAGUUCAACAGUCAGAGUGAUCGGAAGGACGGAGAGACCGCUAGGAGUCAGGGGGAUGGAGAGACCACAGGGAGAGGAAUAAAGGACGGAGUGAGGAGAAGUCUACUCUCGGAGCCCAACUGGGAGUCGGAGCUCUUCAUCGCCUCUCUCUCACUUCGGGUGGUUGGACCCUUUUUCCAGGGCAUCGUUGUCACCUUGGUUACCGUUGCCAAGAGACCCGACUGUUCCCUGGCUAGCCUGGCAUCACGUUAUGUGCUGGACCAUCAUGGGGUGGGCGGGGUGAAUGUAGGGUGUUGGUUAGGCGUCGCACAGGGGGGGGGGCAACACAUCAGUGACCAUCUGAAUAGCUGCGGCCCUGACCUGACGCUGAUGGAGGGAGAGCUCGCCGCCACUGAUGCAGUGACACGGUGCUCCAGGGAGCCCAUGGCGCUCCUCGAGCACUGUGGGGAGGAGUACAGGAGCUAG